AUGCGUCUCUUUUUGAUCCCUAUCUCGACACGUCGGGCAUUAAUAUACUCUCGCCCAUUGCGCAAAGAUAUCCCAAAGGAGCUAUCCAUACUCGACCGCGUGACAAGCAAGGCAGCUCAAACGUGGGCACAAUGGGAAGAAGCUGACGGGGGCUGGAAGAAGCGCCUGGUGACCUGGGGUAAUUCGGUACAGCAACGGAUUCCAUUUGAAGAAUGGGGACUUAAGAGUAUCCCAUCGCUCAAAUCUCAAAAGCGAAUCGAUGAGGCGCAUGGAACGAAGAAAAUCGACGUGCUGUACCCAGGGAACUCGAUACGCUUGGAGAAAAUACCCAGCCUGCUGCGGACCAUAGCCACAGAACGUCAGGAAUUCCACCGGAAGAAGAUGCGGUGGAGUUUGGGAAUUGCACCGUUGACAGCUCCUCUAGGGUUGAUUCCAGUUGUCCCAAAUAUUCCUUUCUUCUACCUAGCAUACCGGGGCUGGUCCCAUUGGCGAGCAUUGAACGGCUCGCAGCACUUAGAGUUCCUUGUGGAGAAGAGCCUCCUAAAUCCCAUUUCCCUUGCCGAGCUGGAACGGCUUUAUGCCAAACGUGCAGCAUAUGCACUCGAUACCCCGAUUGAUACCCCUGCAGCUGAGAUGGUGGAGGACAUCGAGCAGAGUGAUGAAAGAAUCCUCCUGAAGAUGUCUGAUGCCAAGAAGCUUGCAACGAUUUUGGACGCGCCAGAGCUUGCUUUAGAGGCAGAACGUGCUAUUGUUCAAGUGAGCGCACAGCUGCAAGCCAGAGCAGCUGAAGCGAAAGCGAAAGCCCAAGAAACCAACUCUGAAAAGAAGGACUCAUAG